AUGACUUGUAUGUGUGCAGAGGACACUCCUUCCCAGCAGGCAGUCAUGUCUGGGUAUACAACCCCAAAAGGAGCACUCUGCUAUGCUGAGUUAGGUACAAGCAUUAAGAAGUCUGGCGGCCAUUACAUUUAUCUAUUAGAAACCUUGGGACCCUUGCCAGCAUUUCUUCGGCUCUGGGCAGAAUUUAUCAUGAUCCGACCUGCUGUCUCAUCUGUGGUGGCUUUGGCAUUUGGCCAGUACAUUGCUGAACCUUUCUUCAGCCCCUGUCCAGCACCAGAAGUACUUGUUAAAAUGCUCAGCAUAAUGGGAUUCUCCUUUGUCGUUGCUGUAAACUGCUGGAGUGUGAACUGGACCUCACGAUUACAAAUACUGCUGACAACCAUCAAGAUGGGGGCCUUGGUUUUAAUUAUUGUGCCAGGAGUGAUCAAGCUUUCUUCAGGGCAAACUGAAAAUUUCCACAAAGCCUUUGACACCAGUUCCCUGACACUGGACAAGUUACCUUUGGCUGUUUAUGCAGGACUCUAUGCCUACGCAGGAUGGUUUUAUUUGAAUUUUGUUACUGAAGAAGUCAUCAAUCCCAAAAGAAACAUCCCUCUUUCGAUUAUAUUGUCCAUGGUAACAGUGACGAUUGCUUAUCUGCUGAUGAACAUUUCAUACUACACAGUGAUGACUUCUCAAGAUGUUUUGGAAUCAAAUGCUGUGGCAGUGACUUUUGCUGACAGGGCACUCCAAGGUUUCUCCUCUGUCAUUCCCAUCCUUGUCGCUAUGUCCUGUUUGGGAGCACUGAUGGGAGGCUACUUUGCUGGUCCCAGGAUGCUGUUUUCUGGCUCCAGGGAAGGACAGUGGCCCGUUCUCUUCGCCAUGAUUCACAUUCGAAGGCACACUCCUCUGCCGGCACUGCUUUUAAUGUACCCCAUGGUGGUCUUCAUGAUUUUGGCUGGUGAACUCUUUGGACUUGUAAAUUUUUACAGCUUUUCUCGAUGGUUGUUUAUUGGCCUGACUACUAUGGGCCUCAUGGUUCAUCGAUAUCGAAAUCCCGAUCUUCCACGUCCUUUUAAGGUAUAUCUAUUCGUCCCUGCUGUUUUCACAGUUGUGUGCUUUUUCAUUGUGGGAAUGUCCCUCUACUCUGAUUCAGUCAACACAGGCAUCAGUUUUGCCCUCACACUGACUGGUGUCCCAGUUUAUUUUCUUCUGGUUCAAAAUCAGAGACUGCCCUUAUGCUUCAUCAGAGCUUUUUACACCCUUACUAUGAAGCUGCAGAUUCUCUUGGAAGGUGCAGACCUUCCAGGAGGUGCAGACCUACUAAAUCUUGGGCUGAUCAAAGCUUUUACUGCAAAACUUAAUUCUGCUUUAUAG